CAAAUCAAAAAGGGCUGCAUUGUGUUGCAGCAAUUGUCAGGUGGACAGGGGGUCUAUUUUAGCAAGCCAUUCACAUGAGACUUUGAAUAUCUGAAUCUUUCACGAACAACCAUAAAGUGCUUUUUCUUUUCCUGACUCACCACUGUUGCUGCCCUCGCUGAUUUCAUCUCACCUUCAAGGUUCUGUAAGUUGUAGACAUGUCUGAGGGACCGAGAAAGCCAAAAUAUUCAGCAACACGCCGACUGCAUUUGAAGUCGAAACUGCUGAAGAAGGCAGCUUCUAUGCUGGUGGCUGAAAGUGAAGAGAAGAAACACCAGAAGGAAAGAGCUGUGAAUGAGUGCUUCCCUCCGCUGAAGCUGUCAGGUCUGUCAGUCCAGGAUCUCCAGGAACUUUGCAAAGAUCUGCAUCGUAAGAUUGAUGUUGUAGAUGAAGCACGUUAUGAUAUGCAGGUUAAGGUAGACAAAAAUGCAAAAGAGAUUCAGGCACUGAAUCAGAAGAUCACUGAGCUGAAGGGGGUAAAGAGGCCACACUUGAAGAGGGUGAAGAAAACUACAGAUGACAUGCUGGGUGCAUACACCGACAGCUCCAAACUCAUGAAGGCUGAUUUCAAGGCCAACCUUAAGACAGUGAAGAAGGAGGACGAAAAGAGGGAAGAAGUGACUGACUGGCGUAAGAACGUGGAGGCCAUGUCUGGAAUGGAGGGCAGGAAGAAGCUGUUUGAUGCUGGACAAUAAGCAGGUGCCUGUGUGAAACAAAGCAACGUUAAACCUUAAGUCUGGUCUAUGUUCAAUGCCUUUGUUUUUAUUAAAUCCGUUUGUUCAUCUUUAUAUCAGAAUCAUUGUGCAAAGUCAAGACGAUUUCCAUUACAGGAUCAAAUAAAUCUGGAAAAAUGGAUUUCAUUUUUAUCAAUCAUUAACAAUACAGGCGAUUGAAAUAGACAAGAUUCAGGUUAGCAAAAUAGCCUUGCUAGCAUCAGAGCACUUUUUAAUGUCACCACAUGAAUCAUUUUCAUGUAACUUUAGGUCCAGUCAACAUCCACAACCCGCCUGAAGUGGCUCUACGCCCCCCAGUUUGAGAAUCACUGCUUUAUUGUAAAUCUGUAUGUAAAAAUAGCCAUAUAUAAAUUGUAUAGUAUACAGUUCCCUUUGCAUAUUGAAAUUGUGCUUGAUGAAGACUGAUUAGCUUUAUGAGUUUGUCUUUCAAAGUGCAGUAUUUAUGUUAAACAGAUGAUGGUGCUGUCCCACUAUUUGAGAUACAUGUGAUGCUGACAUGUGAUGCUGAUUAAACCACUGUGACAACUUU